AUGGGGCCCCCGGGCAAUAGGGGAUCAUGGGGCCCCUGUGUUCUUCCCAAACUCAAAAAAGCCUAUGAAAAAGCUGAGCUUUAUUUUUACCACCCCCUUCCUUACGCUGCAAAGGCAGCAGACAGAGCAAACCUUAUACAGGCUGUUGCACUCAGUAGGUAGUAGUGCCUAUCAGGGGCGGACUGACAACUCAUGGGGCCCCUGGGCAAUAGGGGAUCAUGGGACCCCUGUGUCCUUGCCCAAACUCAAAAAAGCCUAUGAAAAAGGUACCAGGGGCAUCUCAUGGGGCCCUCUCCUGACCCCAGGCCCUCGGGCAGUGAGUUUCCAAAUGGUCAGUCCGCCCCUGGUGCCUAUCAAA